AUGUCGCCUGCCACCUCCUCACAUCGCCAAGCCCCAAUGUCCACUCCCGUCACCUCUGACUCCGCCAGACCAAAUAAAUUGAAAAGAACUGCCAGUAGUGAGGUCGAUAGGCUCUGGGACGUGAUAGGAGGAGGAGAAAUCCUUGAUCCUUCCAUAACUCGUCGGAAGGGUGCCGUUGACAGGUUGGCGACCACUGGUGCCAAAGAGAGACCUUGUCCCCCGGCGAAACGCCAACACCUCGAUGAAGCCCAGCCACUUAUAGCGUGCACCUGUUGCACAAUCGCAUACAAGAAGAGUUUGAGUUGUCCUGCGCCAAAACACAUCAUCAAACAAAUAACAUCGAGCGGGUGUGGAUUGGGAUCCAGUCUCCCAAUGUUGUAUGAGAGCGAUGAGUCCAUCGCUCGAGAGUUGGGGAACAAGUUCUUCAAUUCCAGCUUCGAUCAGCUUCAAAGGAUUGUCAUCCGUAGAGAGGUCUUGCAACCCAUUGACAUGAGCCUCGGCCUGGCGCAGAUCCGCAUCAAUAGCCAGAUCGGGGAUCAUACCUUUGACGUCCGCGCCAGGUACAACAAGAGGAGUUGUGUGAUCCGGGCUGGGUUGAUAUCCCUAAAUAAGGCGCAGAGUCUCUCAUUGGGGUUCAACUUUUUCUCCAUUGUCGAGGAUUCAAGUGACGAGGUCAUGUUGCCAUCAGCCGGUAUCUGCACGAAACGAACCAUCGAGGUCCGGAUAUCCAAGAAAGGCCGAAGCGCGAAGACUCAAAAAGAGCGUGAAGAGGUCUAUCAAGAGCUUGUAGGUAUCGCAUGGGAUGCGAGAGAGCAGGGCAUCCCGAGAUGGAGUGGAAUGUUCAGAUGGUUGAGAUCAAAGGACGCCGACAUGAUCGCAUGA